AUGUUAAUUCAUAUUCUUAUUUUAUUAUUUUUGAGAGUAAAUACCUCCACAGCCAAAACUGUAAACAAUAAAUUGAUAGACAACCCAAAGGUUACAUGUGGACCUGAUGCCUUGACCAUCGAAGCUUCAAGUGAAGACGUUUUUGAAGGACAGAUCUAUAUUAAAAACCAUCGUCGCACGUCUCCAGAAUGUUUCAACGUCUAUUCUUCCGAGGACAACACAACAUCACCAGUGUUCUCGCUAUCACUUAGGAGUAUUUCGACAUGCGGCUUGGAAAUGCAGAGAGAUACUCGAACAAAAAGCUUACAACUUUCCGUCGUUGUCAUAGUUGCGUUUCAUCCUUCUUUCGUUACUGCAGGGGACAGAGCUUUUGCUGUCCAAUGUCUGUUUCAUCAAGAAGAUUAUCCAGUAUCGACAGGGUUGAACAUGGCCGAGAAAUUCAAUGCGAUAGCCUUGGAAGGUUCCGGCGAAGUGCCAUCUGUCCAUCUAACGAUAGUUCCAGGAAAAGUUCCUCUCAAUUCAACCGGCGAACCUGUCACCACUGAAGUAACUAUUGGUCAGUCAAUUAUGCUCGUAUGGCAUUUGAAUAAUCACUCAACAGUUUACGGUCUUCGGGUUCUUGAUUGUGCCGCGCAAUCAAAGAAUGGACGAGGCAUGCAGAUAUUGGAAGAUGCCUGCUCUUCCGAUCAAAAUCUCAUAUCUCAUGUUCGUUAUUCUGAUGAAAACAAUAGAGCUUUUGCUGAUGUAACAGCUUUCAAGUUUCCUGAUGAAUCCGAGCUUUACUUUCGUUGCCAUAUUCGACUCUGUAUUCGAAAGUUCGAACACUUAGUUAUAAAUGGAGCAGAUGAAUCCGAUUUAUGUCCUUCGAAUAAUAUGUGCGAAGGAGCCUCAAUGAAAUCUAAAAGAAAUGUCAAUCUAAACAAGGAUUCCAUGAUUGUAGUUUCUGGCAGAAUGAACGUUCUAGAAAAAUUAGAAAAAUCAAAUGAGCCGUUGUCACCCAUCGCUAUGAGACAAAGCUCCGAUCCAGCCGUACUGGACGAUAAAACUUGUUUGAACAAAACGGUUAUGAUCACAAGCUCCGUAAUUUCCGUGAUUGCUCAUAGUUUGAUCUUACUUGGAUAUUCUAAGGCUUGCAAAAAAGAAGGAUUGAUAAUAAAUCAUGAGAUUUCUAAUAAAAUCUGUUUCACCCUCAUUAGUACUCCUUUUCAUAAGCUAUGUCAGGAAUGUGAGAAGACUCAGAUGUCUUUUCCCCUCAAGGAUUGCAUAGUUGAACCUCAACUUGCUACCUGCUUUACAUUCAUAUCAAAACUCUUUGUGAGCGACGAUUCUGUGCAAUACAUUAGUAUUCCUUUCCAACGAAAAGUUUCUCAUCUGUUCUAUAACUAUACUAAUGAAAAGUUGUUCUUCAAUUCGGCCCAAAGGUCAAAACUCACUCAUCAGAUUUUAACCCAAAUAGAUAUUAAUCAAUUCUUCGAGGAGGAACAAGCCUUAGAAAACUCUUUUCCCAAUGAAAAUCCCAAUAGAGUGAACAUCAUAAUGGAUGAAAGUUUGAAAGGGAAAGGUAUUGAUUACCUCCUCUUAGAAAAUGUUUAUGACGAUGCCUUCAUUCUUCAUGAUCCGAGUGAGGUCGAACCAUAUUUCAAAAGAAUGAAAGAAAAUUCUUUGAUGAGUUUUCUGGAAGCUGUAGAAGAGAUUGAAGAUGACCCUCGCAAACAAAUUAGCGAGAUCUGGUCGAAAGUUUACAAGCUUCAACCUAUAAAUAUGAUUCGUGAUUACUUUGGAGAGCAAAUUGCUUUCUAUUUUGCGUGGCAUGGAACUUUUAUUACUCUUUUGUGGCCAGCUGUCGCUUUAGGUCUGGCUGUAGUUGGCUUUGGAGUUGCAAAAAAUAUAAAGGAUGAACCGAUGAGUCUGGCCAAUUGCACAAACUUAAGCUACGAAGGCAGUGUUAAGAUAGUACCAUGUAACCUGCAAGAAAACGGGCAACGUAUUUUCACAACAAUAUGGCGCUGGAUUAUGCGAUCAUUUGACAACAAAUUGAAUGCGUUUUAUGCAGCAUUCAUGUCCAUAUGGGGAUCACUUUUUUAUCAAAUUUGGAAAAGAAACAGUUCCACCUUAGCAUAUAGGUGGGACACAGAAGAUUACCAUGAGGUUGAGCCAGACAGACCCGGAUACGUGGGAUCAGAUAUGGAAAAAGAUCUCAUAACUAAUUCUCCUAAAUGGAUUCCAUUCAAUAUCACUAUCUUGUUGAAGAUGUUCAUGUCGGCCUGCAUUGUUGGAUUUUUCAUGCUGAUAGUUGUCUUGAGUGUGUUUUGUGUUACUGUUUAUAAGCUUUGGGUCAUUAAUAACAAUGGGUGUAACGAUUUGUUUACUUUCAAAUGUAGUUUGCUUACUACUCUUGUUCCUUCCGUUUUUAACACUGUGUCUACAAUGUUAUUAGGAUGGGUUUUUGGAAAAGUUGUUGUCAGACUGAACGACUGGGAGAAUCAUAGAACGACAUCAGAACAUCAGAAUGCCAUGAUUAUAAAGAUAUUCGCAUUUCAAAUGGUUAACAGCUAUACAUCCCUGUUUUAUAUUGCUUUUGUCCGUCCAGAGCAUCAUGGAUUUCAAUCAAAUGGAUUGUUCGGACUCGGUGAAGAGUAUAAAGACUCGUGCUCAGGGUCAACCUGUUCGAUGAUGCUAGCUGUUCAGCUGAUUACAAAUUUGGUGCUAAAACCUAUUCCGAAAUUUGUGAAUGACAUCGUGAUACCGUUCCUUAUGCUAGUAUAUCGUAAAAGCAAAAUGAAGAAGAAAAUCUCAGAGGAAGUAGAGUCACAAAACUAUGAAACUAAUUUUCUCAUGAGAGAAUGGGUAAAACCAGAUCCUGGACAGUUCACGCUCUGGGAAUUCAACGAAAAAAUCAUACUUUUUGGAAACACAAUGAUGUUUGCUGCUCUCUUUCCACUAGCACCUCUUAUAUCCUUAAUAAUAGGUUUAGUGGAUUUGCGAAUUGAUGCUCAUAGACUGUUAUGGUUCAAUCGCCGUCCUCUCCCUUCUGCUGCGAAUGGUAUUGGUAUAUGGCUUCCUGUUCUGUUUUUCUUACAGUAUGCCGCUAUCAUGACCAAUGCUUUCAUUAUUGCCUUCACAUCUGAUUUCUGUUCUAACUUCUGGGGACAAGGUGAUUGUAAUUUACAAGAUCGCUUCCUGAUUGUCAUAGUUUUCCAAAAUGUUCUCUUCGUUCUGAAAUAUCUGUUGGAAAGUCUGAUACCGAGUGUGCCGGCAGCAAUAAAUGUCGCAAAAAGAAAAAAAAGAUUCAUCAUCUCACAUAUAAUUGGUAAAGGUGAUUUACCUCAAAAAACACGAAUGCGAAAACACGCCAGAAAAGCCAAAUUAGCAUGGAUAGCUUCUCAUAUGUUUUCCAGAUCUAACAACCUCUGA